AUGCUAUCCUACGACGCACCAGUUCCAAUUGCUGGCCAAGGGCAGGACGCUCCAUCGCCUGCGCCACUCAAGGCUUCGUUACCAAACAGCAUCACCGGUUCCGCCAAGCAACCAAGCACCGCGCAGAUGGGUUCCGCAGCUCCCGCCGUGGACCAUGACCGGCACAACCACAUUUGGCUCGUCACAGGGCCCGCAGGAUGUGGCAAAACGACCAUUGCCGAACAUAUUGCUGAAGCCAAUGGCAUGCCUUACGUUGAAGGCGACUCUUACCACACGGCUGCCAAUGUGGAAAAGAUGAGAACAGGCGUGCCAUUGACGGACGAGGACAGAUGGGACUGGCUGGGACAGCUCCGCGACGAGUCGAGGCGCCGGCUCACCGCCGGAGCGCGCGGUGUCGUGGUGACGUGCUCGGCUCUGAAGCGCAAGUACAGAGACGUCAUCCGCGUCGCGGCGUACUAUGACCGCAGCAUCUUGAUUCACUUUAUCUACUUGGAUGCGCCGGCCGAAGUGCUUCUACAGCGAGUCUCUGCGCGCCAAGGUCACUACAUGGGAGCCAACAUGGUGCGAAGCCAGUUUGACAUUUUGGAGCGUCCAGCCGAUGACGAAACAGACGUCUUCAGCAUCGACGUCAGCCGAUCGAUUGAAGAGGUCAAGCGAGACGCUCUCGCCCGAGUUCACGAGGUGAUGGGCGCGGAGAGCGUCUCGUGA